CCGUCUUGGUUUUGCCUCUGGGGUCAGGGGCAGGGCGAUUCUGUGGGCGGGGCUAGUCCUCUACGCCAUGGCGGCCCUACGAGCUCUGCUACCCCGUGCCUGCGGCCUACUGCUGUCCCCGGUCCGCUGCCCAGAGCUGCGGCGCUUCGCCUCUGGGGCUAAUUUUCAGUACAUAAUCACAGAAAAGAAAGGAAAGAAUAACAGUGUGGGGCUGAUCCAGUUGAACCGCCCCAAAGCACUGAAUGCACUUUGUAAUGGCCUGAUUGAGGAGCUCAACCAGGCACUGGAAGCCUUUGAGGAGGAUCCUGCUGUUGGGGCCAUUGUGCUCACUGGUGGAGAGAAGGCAUUUGCAGCUGGAGCUGACAUCAAGGAAAUGCAGAACCAAUCAUUCCAGGAAUGUUACUCUAGCAAGUUCCUGAACCACUGGGACCACCUCACCCGGAUCAAGAAACCCAUCAUUGCAGCUGUCAAUGGUUAUGCUCUUGGUGGGGGCUGUGAGCUUGCCAUGAUGUGUGAUAUCAUCUAUGCUGGUGAGAAAGCCCAGUUCGGACAGCCAGAAAUUCUACUAGGUACCAUCCCAGGUGCGGGGGGCACCCAGAGACUUACCCGUGCAGUUGGCAAGUCACUGGCAAUGGAGAUGGUCCUCACAGGUGACCGCAUUUCAGCCCAGGAUGCUAAACAAGCAGGACUGGUAAGCAAGAUUUUUCCCAUUGAGAAACUGGUCGAAGAGGCCAUCCAGUGUGCAGAAAAAAUUGCCAGCAAUUCCAAAAUUAUAGUAGCCAUGGCCAAAGAAUCUGUGAAUGCAGCCUUUGAAAUGACAUUAACAGAAGGAAACAAGCUGGAAAAGAAACUGUUCUAUUCAACCUUUGCCACUGAUGAUCGGAGAGAAGGUAUGACUGCAUUUGUGGAGAAGAGAAAGGCCAACUUCAGAGACCACUGAGAGCUAGCAGCUUGGGCCUUGUGUCUCUCUAGAAAGGAACGCUCAGCCUGUCAUCAAUUGAGAGGCAAAUAAAUCAUUCUAAAGGGUAAUGUAGGCCACAGUUUCUCACAGAUGGCCAUGGGACUGUGUCCACAACGGGCAGGUGCUCAUCAUGUGACCUUCUGCCUUUACCAGCUGUUGGGAGUUGAGCAAGUGCUGUGUUCUGACCAGAGCACAUUCUUCUAAAUCAGAAAUAUGAGGAACCUUUGGGCUGUCUUGAUUUUUUACUUUAGGGACAAGUGUAUAUUUGGGUCAGCUGCACUUCUGUGUUACCCACCAUGAACAGCUGUGGAUGUGGCUGCAAAAGGGAAACAAUCUUGUCUGUUGAUUCUGAACAUGAUCAUUUGAUUAAAGUGACUACUUAGAUUA